AGUGGGGGGAACGAUAGCGGAAGGGGUAAAGAGAAACUACGGAGAGGAUGAAGUUGGCUAUAUUGUUUGUAUACGGCGGAAUAUGGGCUACAGUAUGAAGUGUAAGGGAGACUCGUGGCUACUCCCGACCUGGAACUAAUGCUCCCACAGAGGUCCUCCCGGUGGUUUGGUCCGGCCUGGCCUACCGGACCUGCCCGACCUCCGUCGCCCGCGGCUCAGCUAGGCUCCUGGCGCCGCCUCCUCCUAGCCCGCGGUCUGAGGAUGACAACAGCAACACGACAAGAAGUUCUUGGCCUCUACCGCAGAAUUUUCAGGCUUGUGAGGAAAUGGCAGGCGGCAUCAGGGCAGAUGGAAGACACCAUUAAAGAAAAACAGUACAUAUUAAAUGAAGCCAGAACGCUGUUCCAGAAAAACAAAAAUCUCACAGACACAGAUCUGAUUAAACAGUGUAUAGAUGAAUGCACAGCAAGGAUUGAAAUUGGACUGCAUUACCAGAUUCCUUAUCCACGGCCAAUUCAUCUGCCUCCAAUGGGCCUUACCCCACUACGAGGCCGGGGACUUCGAAGCCAGGAAAAACUGAGGAAACUUUCCAAACCAGUAUAUCUCAAGUCUCAUGAUGAGAUUUCCUAACCCAGAAGAAAAUUUAUUUCUCAGAAUGAUGAGCCGACUAGAUCUUGAAUGUAAACCAGAUGAUGAAACCCUUCUCUUCGAUUAGGGGUAAAAAUUUAAAUAUCUUCUUAAAAACCUCUAAAAUAUUGGUAUUCACCCCAAGAUCUGUGCUCACUCCUCCUGACACUUCAUCAGGGUCUUGUUGCCUAAAGUGGAUGACACUAACCCUAGAGGUCAUGGACCUUAUAUACCCUCACUGAAGCAUCUUUGGAAACAAGGCCAAGGCCUGUAGAAGGAAGAUAAGGAUGACAAAGAUUUUCAUGGAAAUGUCAUUUGCCAGUCAUGUCAGCUGAUAGGAAGAAAUCAGCCAGCUGCUGAAAGUCUUCAUAGCUACCAUAAAACUACACUGCCUUCAGAAUAUUUUUUGGCUUCUUUCUCCCGAAUUUUUGCUUAAAAAACAAAGGUUUGCUUAAAAGUGGGCUUCUUUGUAUAUGUUUUGCUGUCUUUUGACCAUCCCAGUUUCCAGAUAAACUACCCUUAAAAAGUGCAUCAUUGGAUUUAUCGUGGUUUUUCAUGGAAAUUUUACAUGACACCCUGCCCCUGCCAUAUACAUACGUAAAAGUACUUGUCUUAGGUAAAUGCGUAUGUUUACUUUAUCUUAAAGCCUGUGAUUACUUAGGAUCCACUUAGGAUUUGAAAGGCUUACUUGAAACUCAUACUGCAUUCAUUAUGAAUAUUUUAUCUUAACAUAAUUAGGAAGUACAAGGGCCAAGCUGGUUUUCAAAUUAUGUCUAAACAGCAGUGGCACAAAGAGGAAUCAAAACACA